AUGUCGGAUUUACCACCAGGUUGGGUUAAAAAGGUUUCAAGUCGCACUGGUAAAGAAUAUUAUAUUGAUCCAGUUACAAGAGAAAGUCAAUGGGAACAUCCAAGUUCUACAAGUAAUAAACCAUCAGGUGGACGAAAAUCAGGAAAUGGUGAUCAAGUACAAGUACUCCAUAUUCUUGUUAAACAUACAGGUUCACGUAAUCCAAAGAAUUAUAAAGGUGAAACAAUUACACGUAGUAAAGAAGAAGCACAAAGAAAACUUGAUGACAUUAUCAAUGAAUUAAAUAAUGCCAGUGAUCUUGAAUCAACAUUUCGUCGUAUUGCAAAAGAUAAAAGUGAUUGUAGUUCAGGUCAACGUGGAGGUGAUCUUGGUAUGUUUGGACAUGGCGCAAUGCAAAAAGCAUUUGAAGAAGCUUCAUUUGCUUUAAAUAUCGAUGAAAUGAGUCCAGUCGUCGAUUCAGAUUCUGGUCUUCAUGUUAUUCUACGCAUUGCUUAA